CAGAACCUCAGAGCACCAGCCGUGCGCGUGCAGCGAGCGAGUCAACUAAGCCAUGGAGGAGAACGGCGAACGCCGACGUGAACGGCGUGUCCCUGCACGUGGCCGAGCAGGGCCCCGCCGACGGCCCGGCGGUGCUCCUCCUACACGGCUUCCCGGAGCUGUGGCUUUCGUGGCGCCACCAGAUGGCCGCUCUUGCCGCGCGCGGCUUCCGCGCCCUGGCCCCCGACCUCCGCGGCUUCGGUGACUCCGACGCUCCGGCUGACCCCGCCGCCUACACCGUCCUCCAUGUCGUUGGCGACAUCGUCGCGCUCCUCGAUCACCUUCGCCUCACCAAGGUGGUGGUAGUGGGGCAUGACUUGGGUGCGCAGGCAGCGUGGCAUCUGUGCCUGUUCCGGCCGGACCGGGUGCUUGCCAUCAUCGCGCUGGGGGUGCCGUACUUCCCACGCUCCCCUCGACCAGUGACGGAGAUGUUCGCGGCGCGUGGCGAUGGGUUCUACAUCACGCAGUACCAGGAGCCCGGAAGAGCUGAAAGGGCAUUCAAUCGGCACGAUGCUGGAACCGUCUUAAAGAAGUUCUACUCCAUUGAAUUAGACGACCUCACUGCUCCUCCUGGAGUGGAGAUGAUAGACUUUUUGGAGGCAUCAUCAUCCCCACUUCCUUGGAUGACUGGGGAAGAACUGGGUCAGUAUGCCGAGAAGUUUCAGAAGUCUGGCUUCACCGGGCCACUCAACUACUACCGCAUGAUGGACACGAAUUGGAUGCUUACCGCGCCAUGGCAUGGCGCGAAGAUCACGGUGCCUGCAAAGUUUAUCGGGGGUGAGAAGGACACUGGUGUCAAGUCCUUUGGAAUCAAACACUACAUCGAGAGCGGAGCUUUCAAGUUCAGUGUUCCAAAUCUUGAGGUCGCCAUCAUUGAAGGUCACCAUUACCUCCAGCAAGAGCAGGCCGAGAAGGUGAACUCUGAGAUAUUCUCCUUCCUGGACAAGUUAUUUGGUGAGGAGACACCGAAAUAGCCUUACUAAGAAAUUAGCAAACAUAUGGUGUAUGAACUGGUUUUGGAUAUGUGAGUUAGUUUUCAUGAACUGUAAAACGGCAAAGCUCAUAGAACUAUAUAUAUACUCGAAUAAAUGUCAGAGUAGUAGCUAUAACUAUAACCAUUUGUUGAGUUGAUCACGUAUACAAGAGAUAGCAUGUAAAGUACCAAGUAUUUAAAACGAGGUUUGAAGAAAUUGUAUACCAUUGUUAUCUUAGCAGAAGACAAAAGGUACCUUCAGAA